CCUCUCUUCACACGUCUGGAGUGUGUAUGUGCGUGAGUGAGCUGAAGAAAUUAGAGUGGCGUCUUUAUUUACCACACCUGUGAUGCGCUGCUGUCUCUGAGCAACGAAGACGCACUGAUGGCCAAGGUACAGGAAGAGGAUACGUGUUGAAAAAGGACUUAUAAAUGCGCUGAUCGGUGUAAUAUUGCAAAAACUAAACCCAGCCAUAAAGCAGAUACUCUUUGCAGCUCAUUCAGUUGAUAUUACUGACUUAAACUUGAACAAGAAGGUGAUAAAGAUGCCGUUACACCUGGGUUCCUUUGUCCGAUGGAGAUCCGGGCUUGUACUCACAUGGAUCUGCUUGUUUUCGUCCGGAUUUACCUUCAUUGGCGGAGAGCAUGCGGUCACUGUAACGCAUCCACUUCCUGCGGCCUUCUCCGACCUGCUGCCACACUUCCUGGUGGAGCCUGAUGAUGUUUAUAUCGUGAAGAACAAGCCCGUGACCCUCACCUGCCGCUCGACCCCUGCCACUCAGAUCUACUUCAAGUGCAACGGGGAAUGGGUUCACCAGGAUCAGCACUUGAUCGAGCGUGAUGUGGACCCUGCCACAGGGCUGCCGGUGAUGCAGGUGAAGAUUGACAUCUCCAGACAGCAGGUGGAGAAGAUCUUUGGUCUGGAGGAUUACUGGUGUCAGUGUGUGGCCUGGAGCACUACAGGAACCCAAAAGAGCCAAAAGGCAUUUGUACGCAUCGCAUAUCUGAGGAAGAACUUUGAGGAGGAACCGCUGGGUAAGGAAGUGGCACUUGAUCAGGAAAUCCUUCUGCGCUGUCAUCCUCCUGAAGGUGUUCCUCCUGCAGAGGUGGAGUGGCAGAGAAACGAGGAGCUGAUCGACCCCAAGACUGACCCCAAUUUCUUCAUCACCGUGGACCAUAAUCUCAUCAUCAAACAAGCCCGUCUGGCCGACACAGGCAACUACACCUGCGUGGCCAAGAACAUUGUGGCUCGACGCAAGAGCUCCUCGGCUACUGUGAUAGUCUAUGUGAACGGUGGCUGGUCCACGUGGGCCACAUGGUCGGCCUGCAGUGCUGUCUGUGGUCGGGGGUGGCAGAAGAGGAGCCGGAGUUGCACCAACCCCACUCCCCUGAACGGCGGGACGUCCUGCGAGGGCCAGAGCGUCCAGAAAAGUGCCUGCACUGCCACCUGUCCAGUGGAUGGCGGUUGGAGUGAAUGGAGUAAGUGGUCGCCAUGCGGAGCCGACUGCAGCAUGUGGAGGAGUAGAGAAUGUACCCAACCUACGCCUGGCACCGGUGGGAAGGAAUGCCAGGGCCUGGAUCUUCAGUCCCUCAACUGUACCAGUGAGCAAUGCCCUCAGACGGCGUCAGGUGCUGAGGACGUGGCUCUGUACGUGGGGAUCGUGGUGGUGGCUCUGUGUCUGACUCUUCUGUUGAUCAUACUGGUGCUGGUGUACCGCAGGAAGAAGGAAGGUCUCGACGCAGAUGUGGCCGACUCCUCCAUCCUCACCACUGGCUUCCAGCCCAUGGGCAUCAAGCCCACCAAGCCAGGUGUGUGGGCACCGCGCAGGGCAGCCCGCAGCAAAAACUCUCAUUUGCUCACCAUCCAGCCUGAUUUGACCACCACCACCACUAGCUACCAGGGAACUCUACGUUCUCGACACGAAGUCACCGGGAAGUUCUCCAUGAGUAACGGCCCCCUCCUGGAGCCCCUUCCCAACGGCUCCCACACGCUGCACAACGGCAAACUGCCAAGCGACCCCAACGAAUUCAUGAACCGCCUGUCCUCUCAGACAUAUUUCAAAACGCUACCGAGAGACAACGUCAACACCUCCUACGGCACUUUCAAUUUCCUGGGUGGCCGCCUAACCCUCCCCAACACUGGAAUCAGCCUGCUCAUCCCGCCAGAGGCCAUUCCCAGAGGGAAGAUUUAUGAGAUUUAUCUCACCAUUCAGACGAAGGAAGACAUGAGAUUGCCCCUGGCUGGGUGUCAGACAUUGCUGAGCCCCGUGGUGAGCUGCGGACCGCCCGGUGUGGUGCUCACCCGGCCGGUCAUCCUCAGUAUGGACCAUUGCUCUGAUGCGUGCCUGGAGAACUGGGCCAUCCGUCUCAAGAAGCAGUCAUAUGAGGGAACGUGGGAGGAUGUACUUCAGCUGGGUGAGGAAGUGGUGUCGGAUCCGUACUACUGCCAGCUGGAGGCGGAGACGUGCCGGGUGUUCACUGAGCAGCUGGGCCGCUUUGCUCUGGUCGGGGAGUCCCUCAGCAUGGCUGCCGCUAAACGCCUAAAACUGCUGCUGUUUGGUCCCGCCUACUGCUCCACGCUGGAGUACAACAUCCGCGUCUACUGCAUGGAUGACACACAGGACCUACUAAAGGAGGUGAUGCAGAUGGAAAGACAGCUGGGAGGUCGACUGAUUGACGAGCCUCACGUCCUGCUCUUCAAAGACAGCUACCACAACCUCCGCCUCUCGAUUCACGACAUGCCACAGGCGCACUGGAGGAGCAAACUACUCGCCGGCUAUCAGGAGAUCCCAUUCUACCACAUCUGGAGCGGGUCUCAGCGGACCCUGCACUGCACCUUCACACUGGAGAGACAGAGCCUGAGCACCUGUGGUCUCACCUGCACGCUGUGUGUGUGGCAGGUCGAAGGAGAGGGGCAGAGCUUCACACUGGACUUCAACAUCUCAAAGGACAUCAGACCACUGGACUCUGAUUUCCUUUUAAUGGACAACUGCACCCCUGCCCUGGCUGGUCCGAGCGCAUUCCAGAUCCCUUACCUUAUCCGACAGAAGAUCUGCAGCAGUCUGGACACCCCCUGUCCCAACGGAGCAGACUGGAGACUACUGGCUCAGAGACUGAAGCUUGACAGGCACAUGAGUUUCCUCGCGUCCAAAGCGAGCCCCACCUCAGUGAUUCUGGACUUAUGGGAGACCCAGCACUUCCACAGCGGAAAUCUCAAUCAGCUCGCCGCUGUGAUGGCUGAGAUUGGCAAGCAGGAGGCCAUGAUAUUCCUGGUGUCAGACGGGGAGUGCUGACACAUUAAAACUGGAGCAGAGCAGCCGUCUCUGAGUGAUGGGGUGGGGGGAAGGACGCGACCCUCUGCCCGCCCCACCAGAGAUGAGAAACAAAUCAAAGAACAGGGUUUACCCAACUAUAUGAGGCCACUUCCCCAGUGAAUAGGGAAUAAAAUGAAAAAAAAAUCAAAUAAAAUAAAAACAAGAC